GUGAGAAAAUUAUCGCACUCAAUUGAAAUUGUAGCUGUACGUAAUAUAAAUAGCUAUUUCAUUCAUCCAGUACACGACCUUGUUACCGGUUAUCAACUCACAGUAAAUUUUACGACCUUAUUGUACCUAUGAAGACUAGGUAAAUUCUGAUAAGAAGAUAGAUAACAUUCGCGAACCCGCAAGGCAAUCCCCUCUACUACACCUAGCUACUCUGACGCCAGUACGCUGCGCGCUCCGUCGAUGAGAGGACGUAUCGCGCGUCCCCUAAAAUUAAUACGACCACGGAACGGGCAAACAGGAUGCUCUCCGUACGGAAUAGUGAUGAGAACAAACAAUAGUGACAUUCUUACUAAAUAGGACUGUUCAAUUAGUACCACCCACAACUUACUAAUUGAUGUGAAUUUCCUGACCUUGAAAAUCGACUAAAAUGGAUUAGUCUCAGUUUUUUGUGUUUAUAAUUCGAACGACAUUGAUCGUGAUAAGUGAAGUAAUUGAAAUAGAGAUGGGAUUCGUGUAAUCGAUUAUUUAUUCGGUAAACAGUGCGGGAAGUGUGAAUAGUUAACAAUGUUGGCGGUCAAGAAUUUUUUUAUGCCUGAAAAGAGAGUGGACUCUCCCAGGUUUUCGAGGAUGCCUGAGGCACUCAUGAGGUCCAUAAGGCGACGAUCUUUGAGAGUUAAGAGGACGAAAUCGCUGGUCCUAGUGAACGAAAAAAGGAAAUCCGAUUCAUUUGUGAAUAGUCAAGAAUGGACAGCUUCACGAGGUGUAACAGAACUUCGGGUUGGAGUUUUGGGUUCACCAGACAGUGGAAAAUCAGCUCUAGUACAUCGGUAUUUAACUGGAGCGUAUAUGCAAGAAGAAAGUCCUGAAGGUGGUCGCUUCAAGAAGGAAGUGAUAAUCGACGGCCAUAGCUAUCUUCUCCUUAUAAGGGAUGAAGGAGGCUCGCCAGAAAUGCAGUUUACGGCUUGGGUGGACGCUGUAAUCUUCGUGUUCAGCUUGGACAACGAGAUCAGCUAUAAUACGGUGUCGAACUACUUCAAUAAAAUGUCCCAUUACAGAAAUUCCGCUGAGAUUCCGAUCAUAUUGGUCGGAACCCAAGAUGCCAUAAGUGAAAGUAGUCCACGCGUGGUAGACGACAAUCGUGCUCGCAAGUUAUCGAAUGAGCUACGAAGAUGUUCUUACUAUGAAACUUGUGCUACGUACGGUCUGAACGUGGAACGAGUCUUCCAAGACGCAUGUCAGAAGAUUGUGGGCACUAGAUUGUCCGCCUCGUCGCAAUGCUUGUCUGGAGGUUCCAGGCCUGUGACUCCACAGCCGUUAGUGAAUUCGCCAAGCCACAACCAUUCAACAUUCCUGUACAAGGACUCCCUACCACGCGGCCAUCACACCCUAUCAGCGUCGUCCCACCACCUGCACCGAGGCGCCCAAUCUUUCGACGCCUCAUCAAACAGCAGCGGUAUUUCUUCAACGCACGUCGUCGAAAUCCACAGCACGAAUGGAUCCGACACCUCCUCACGGUGGGGCAACUCCCUCGGCAGCCAUGGCUCCUCAUCAGGCCUCGUUUCCAUAGCAACGGAGAAUAACAACGUGAAGUUCACCGCUCCACACUGCCUUGACAACCUUCAACCUCCUAAGGAUUCCAAGGAUUUACCCACUCCAUCUUCUACUCCUACAACGUCGAGGAAAUCUCGAAGGAGAUCGAAUCUCUUUACUCCUUCCAAAAAGGGAGAUGAUAGGUUGAAGAAUGGGGAGCUUGGCUCUGGUAGAGCGAUUCCUCUAAAGCAAGGAUAUCUGUACAAGAAGAGCAGCAAGGCUCUGAAUAAGGAGUGGAAGAAGAAAUAUGUUACGCUCUGCGAUGAUGGCAGGUUGACUUACCACCCGAGCUUACAUGACUAUAUGGAAGAUGUGAACGGCAAGGAGAUAUCGUUACAGUACGUGACUGUGAAGGUGCCUGGUCAGAAGCCGAGGGGCUCAAAGUCCAUCAUCACCACCGUGCCGGGCUACAAUGGAUACAGCAGUCUCGAUAUACACGACAGUAUUGGAGGACUGUCAAUCGGCUACAAAGACAAACCAACCCGGGCGACGGACAAAGCCCUAAUGUCUGCGUUCGACACCAUGAAGGAGCCCGCGACGAGUCGACAGUCGCUUGCAUCUGAGGUAGAAGUCGGCUCCACUAACGGACAGGACAAGGACACACCACAUGUCAAGAAGAGGCAUCGCCGGAUGAAGAGCAGUGGCGUUAAGAAGGAUGGGGAUGAGGAGGGUGAAUACGCGACAUCGUGUGAGUUUACGAUAGUGAGCCUGGACGGCAAGCGAUGGCGGUGGGAGGUGACGGGCGCGGCCGCGGGCGCGGCGGCCGCCGCCGAGCGGGACGCCUGGGUCGCCGCCGUCGAGGCUCAGAUACUCGCCUCGCUGCAGGGACGGACGUCCCGGCAGCCGAUGCCGACGGGCGCCAACUCGACGGGCGACGUGCGCGCCACGUACUACAUCCGCCGCGUCCACGGAAACGACAAGUGCUGCGACUGCGGGGCCGCUGACCCGGACUGGGCGAGCCUGAACCUAGGCGUGUUGAUCUGCAUCGAGUGCUCCGGCAUCCACAGGAACCUCGGCUCGCAUAUAUCGCGGGUACGAUCCCUCGACCUUGAUGAGUGGCCAUUGAGCCACGUGAGUGUAAUGGUGUCUUUGGGCAACGAUCUCGCGAAUUCAAUAUGGGAGGCUGAUUUCAGAGGCCAUGUCAAACCCAUGGCUACAUCUAGUCGAGAAGAGAAAGAAAGGUGGAUAAGACUAAAGUACGAGCGGCGAGCGUUCCUGAGCUCGGAGGCGGUGGCGACGGGCGUGGAGGCGCUGCGUACUGCGGGCGCGCGGGGCGGGGUGUCCGCGCUGGCGCGCGCGCUGGCCGUGCCGGGCGGCCGCGGCCCCGCCCCGCACGACCGCGCGCUCGCCCUGCGCGCCGCCGCCGCCGCCGGACACCUCGCCGCCGCGCAACUGCUCAUAUGGCACAACGGCAACCCGAACUACCCGGACGCGGACGGCCACACGUGCGUGUUCUACGCGCGCGCCGCCGCCAACCACCUGGCCGGCAUCCCCACGCAGUACCCCACCAACUUACAGCUCACUUGUCCGCUGCAUCCCGGUCGGGGCGGACACUCCUCCACGCCCAGCUCCGCCACCAACUCCACCAACUCCACCAGCUCCAACUCCAGCACCAAGAGCUCUCUAAAGAACCCCGAGCCAGAAUGCAACUGCAUCAUCUUCGAGCUACUCAACGCUCAGAGUGCGAGCAAAGCCCUGGUGGAGCUCCUGAUUGGUUUACAGAACAACCAAUACAUGAACGGCUACGACCACAACGGCAGUGUUGCCAGCUUCGCGCACAAUACUCUAGGGCGGCCAUCUUUGGGGCCCAACUUAUCGCUAACGAAUGGUAAGUGCGGCAGUGUAGUGUAAAGGUUUUUCUAUCUAAUUGUCGGUUUUGAAUAAAUUAAUGUUGAUAUUGUGACUGAACGUUGUUACCGUUAUGGUAUAUUUAUACUCAAUUCCGUGUGUGGUGCAGUUUUGUUAGAUAGUUUUUUGUUAAUUUAUUAAAUUGUGAUCGAGUUUUGGUAUUUGGAAAGAUUGUAUCUUAAUAAUGCAACCCAGUGACUUGUUUUUAGUUAAAAUAACGUCAACCUUUCUGCAUAUAAUAUGAUAAGAUUAUCCCUUAAAUGCACCGAUUAACAAUAACUAAAUACGAUGUCGUAUAAGAUCUUACAAAACUGCAUCUUGCAUAUUUUUUGUAUAAUACAUGUAGUGUAUUAAUAUGUAAAAUGUAUACAUAUUACACACGACUGACGGUACAUUUGACGUAAUCUCCGAUUCAUACAUAGAUUAAAUAAUAUUUAAAAGAUUUUUCUCGAAAUUAGUUAAAAAAUUACGUGUCUGUCAAUUUAAAAAAGUUAAUUAAAUUAGAAAAAUUGUUAGCGUAAUUCAAAUUUCGUAUUUUUGCGGCUUAAAAUACUUAUUGGCAGCUCGAAAAGUGUUCAGUUGCAGGAACUCAAAAAGAAUGAACGAAAAUAAUUCUUAUGAUAGAUAUCACAGAGUUCUAAAUAAUUUAAGCUUGAUAAUAAGUAUUUUAAGCCAAAUUAAAAUAUUUAUUUCAUUACGUAUUACAGUUUAACAUAUCCGGUGUUAAUAGUUCAAAUUUUUUAAUACAAUAUUUUUUUCUAGUGGCGUAGAGUAGGUACCAAUUUGCAUUUUAGGAUCCCUUCAUUUUCAAAUUAAUGUAGUAGAAUAAAAUUAAAUGUACACACGAAUUAUCUUCUUCUACUUCAGUGAUUUUCACAUAGUUAUUCAUUUUCAAUUAUGAUUGCAAAGCUGUCUAUACUAAUAAUAAAUAUACAGAAUAAUUAUUAUGUUUUUCGGUCUACUUCCGUAACCGUUUGACGAGGAACUCGACUAGUUUUAUGUCAUACUAGAGGCAACAGUUAGUUAGUCGAAAAACGUAAUAAUUAAUUUAGUAUGUCUCACGAAAGUAAUUUUACUAUAAAAAUAUACACAUUAUUUUCUCUAUAAUAAUGAACUGUAUGUCUAUAGAUACAAUAGUUAUACCGAAAUAAUAUAAUAGCCAAUAUGCUGCAGGCAUACGUAAUUAUAUCUAGAAGGACUAGUCUACGUGGCGAGGAUUUAGUACCAAUUAAGUACCGUUUUUAACUUACUUGCGGCUUUUGCUGACGCGGAUCUAACUUACAGAUUUCUGUCAGCGGAUUUGUGGACGCGGAUGUAAUUUUCGCGGACAGUGUCGUAUGUCGUUGCAAGGAUUUUGAAGGUUACGUGCGUGUUAGCAAAAUACGUGUAGUUCAAGUUGUAGAAUUGUAGGAUUAUAAAAAUAUAACAAAUGUAACACGGACUGGGUUGAUAAAACUAUUGAGAUGUAAUCAUUUUUAAAGUAUAAUUAAUGUUAAAUAAUUAUUAACUGUCCACAGCAGUCCAUUAGUAUGUAUCCUAUCAUUAUCAUGGUAAAAUACUAAUGAGAUAAGCCUCACAUUAGUAUUUUUGACUGCUUACAGUAUCCUAACAGACAGAAAAGUGCUAACGGAUAUUAGUAAUCCCAUCACAGCGCCUAUCAUGUUGGCAACAUUAGUUAAACAAUAUCGAAUAGUUAUAUCAACCCCAGUUUGAUAACAAAACCGGUACUUAUAACCAAGUUUCCAAUAAAGUCACAGUGUAGGAUAGAUGUUAUACUAAUCGUUUAGAAGCAAGAUCUCAGCUCAAUAUAGGAUAGUUAGUGGUAAUUUCUCAUGCUUUACCCUAGAGCCUUUGGUGUGAGUCUGUGAGCCUUUAACUGAAUUAUAUUUCAAUAGAAGAAUAAGGAGAUAUUCAUAUAUUGUUGAAGAAUCGAUUUUAUUCAUCUCGAAUUAAAGUUCAAUUUUAAUUGUCACUGGUUCUCUACUUCUAGUUAAAGGUUUACAGAUAAAAAACAUUCCAUUUGUAAAUUACCCACCACAUCAAAGGCUAAAUAGUCGAUGUGAUAUACUUAAGGUCUCCCUUAAACCAAAAUGUACUGAUCCUUCUGUGCCUACUUUUAGGUAGUACGCUUCAAGACUAUAGGCCAGGAGCUCGACACUUGAAAUAUUUUACAAUGCAUCACAAGCUCCUGGACUAUUGUCAUAAUUUCCAAUUUGUAAAGUACUUCAUUGUAAUAUCGCGUUUCUAGAAAUAUUUUUAGAUGUUCGUGCUUUCCGUUUUUUUCAUACAAUUGAAGUUUUUUUGGCCUGAGAAAGGACUGAUGUUUCGAAUUUCAAUUCUUGGAUUGCACCAAUCUUUUAAGUGUUGUUGUGCUCGAUUUUGUAAUCACUAUUCAUUAUUACUGUUUAAAUAUUCGAUUAUAGUACUUUUUGCUAAAUAUGUUGGUGCAGUCCAGGUCUUAAGACAAAAAAUCCCAUGUUGCUCUCUGACCUUGAAAAAUGAACGAAUUUUGUGAAACUGCAUUCAUUCGUAAUGUCAGUCUGACUCAGUAUAUGUUAGUGAAGAUGAUUUGUUUGCAAUGGUACAUGGCCUGCCGGGCCCCAAGAUCAUGAAGGCCAAAUUGUCAUCACCAAAAGAUUCGAUUACACAAGAAUCACACUUAUUACAACUAGGCUACGGUUCAGAUUGUACAUUUUGACUACUAAAGUGAGACAAGAUUCUAGGCGAUUCUCUAAGAGGGCUUUGUACAAUUAAUUCUAAAGUUUAAUAAUUACUUACCCUUUCGUUUUACUUAAAUGUCUUGUAAAUGUUACUUAUCUAGGGAAUGAAUUCAAUAUAAUUUUACGUGAGGUAAAUAAGUUCUGUUUGUACAUUUAGUAAUUAAAUCGUUUACCGACGCAGUAUUCGACACAUUUGUAUAAAAUCACAUUAGAAUUUUCUGGGCACAUUGUAUUUUAGUGUAUUUUAAACAUUAUAUUAUUUUAGUCCUCUGUUGAAAUUUUAUUGAUAAUUUUAAAUUAUGUUAUGUUGCGUUACAUGAUUCGCAAAAUUAUUAAGAUUUUUAACGUUUUAUUUUUUUUGUAAAUUCUUUUAGAAGCCAAAGAGCUUAAUUGUAAAUAUAUCGUAUUAUGCAGCUAUGCGUUUGUUAGCUGUGGAUAAUUCUUUCGUUAUUGUAAUUUUUAAGAGAUCCGUUAACGUUUUUUCUUGUGAGAAUAAAAUGAUAAGGACGUAA